AUGUCGACAAUAUUAGUCAACAUCUCUACUAAAGGCGCCACAUUUAACCACCCCAAACGGAAACCUCUUUACUUUUCUUUCGCGAGUCAGGACUUCACUCAAUUUUUUGAUACAACGACUGUAGAGAAGAGUUAUACUGCCAACGAGUUAAUUGGGUUCAUUCCUCUCCACAAUGUUACUCUCUGUGUACUAGCGACGAGCUUUCCCUGCGCCGAGGUGUUCAAUUGUAUGAUCCGGAAAGUCGAGAAGAUCGAAGUGAUUCCAUUGCCCGAGCUCGACGACAAACAACUGCAGAAGCAAUAUGGGAAGUCCGAUUUGAAACUCCAACAGCGCAUUCAGAAGAUGUUUGACGACUUUGAGUUGUACUAUAGCCACGAUGUUAACAUCACUUUAACACAACAAAGUCUUUAUAAAGACUCGUCUUAUGUAGAUAAGCGUUUCUUUUGGAACCAAAACAUGGUUGCCGCACUUCCUAGUGAAUGGGUGACUAUCUUUGUCGACGGCUUUGUCGCGUCGACGGUCGUCGACAAGGUGAAGUACACACUCAUCUCGCGAAGAGACUGUUCGAGGACUGGUCUCCGCUUUUCAUCGCGCGGGGGCGACAUCAAUGGCAACGUCUCGAACUUUGUCGAGACCGAGCAAAUAGUGGAGACCCAUGAUGUGAUCACGUCGUUUGUUCAAGUCCGAGGGAACAUCCCAUUAAUAUGGAAAACUAAUGAGGAAGACAAGUUCUCGCCGAAAGGGAAAUUCUAUCCGACGAUUUAUCAAGACUGGUGUGUGGCAAAUCACUUUGAGAGUAUGAAUAAAUUGUAUGGAGAUGUAUUAGCAGUGAAUCUGUUGGAUAACCAUGGCGCUGAGAAGGAAUUGCAUGAUAUGUAUGGGUUCUAUAUUGGACUCAAUGCACCACAGGUCAAGUACUUUGCGUUUGACUUCCACAAGGAAUGCGCGAAUUCUAAAUAUGAGAACGUCGAGAACCUUAUUGCAACCAUUUCUAGUGAAUUAGUGAAACAGAAUUGCUUUGUGAGGAACGGGAAGAACGAAGUGACACAAAUACAGAGGGGGGUUGUGCGGACGAAUUGUAUUGACUGUCUCGACAGGACGAAUGUGGUGCAGUCGUCGAUUGCAAAGCAAAUAUUGAGCACACAGUGCAUGGCACUGAACGACGAGAUCACAUUCUGCGACGAAAUUAAGAACAUCUGGGCGGAUCAUGCCAACGUCAUGAGUAAAAGAUAUACAGGAACAAAUGCGAUGAAGACCGACUACACGAGAAGCGGCAAAAGAGGAAUAAAAGGAAUGAUGUCUGACGGGAAGACCUCGAUUCAAAGGACAAUGAUCUCAAUACAAACCGACCAAUACCAAACACCACAAGAGACACUCGAUUUGUUACUUGGAAAGACGAGAAUAGCAGAGAGCGAAAAUUGUGAGUCCGUUGUGCUUUGCAUACCACUUGCGUAUGAAAAUGACACGUCGAUGAAAGAGUCUCAAACGCGCAAAGUGCAUAUUCAUGUGACGAAAAAGGCAGUUAAAGUGUACUACGAUGAGACCGGGAUAUGCUGGGAAGUACUACUUUCUGAUGUUGUUGCGUGCGAAGCAACACACGACUUCGACAAAGUGGUGUUUUACACGAAGAAGACGUCGCUUCCGCGGAAAGUCCAAAUUGGUGAUCGGGACAAGAUGUUCAGUUUACUCAAUGAAGUCAGCAAGUUCAAAUCUAAAAGUCGGCCGAUUACACUAAGGAAGGGGCCUGUAGUCGAUUGGAGUAACAAAUCAAAUAGAGUGAUUGAACAUAAAGUAGACCAUCGGAUAGAGGUGUCGAUGAUCAAUUGGAAUAUGGAGUUUGUUGAGAGUGAACCGGACGAACAAAUGAUCAAGAAUUGUGUGAAGAACAAUCAGAAAGAUAUUGUAGUUGUUUCAGUGAAUAAGUGUUCUUAUCAAACGCAAGAGAACAUCUUUGACAGUGUCUUUGACUUCUUCCAAAAGGUGUCAGUGGAGUUGAAUAAAAGUGGGGAGAUCUACGUCUUAGUUUCUGUCCAUCAUACAUCAGAUGUUGCGCAGUGUGUAUUUGUGAAGAAGGUGAAGUAUUGGAAGAUUCAUAGUGUUGAAGUGUCGAAUGUGUUUUAUGAAAAGAGUCGUCCGAUUAAAUACACCACAUUGAAGAGUGUUGGUUCUGCUAUAUUCAUGAAGAUUAACGAAACGUCGGUGGGGUUUUUAGUGUUAGAAGAAUACGAGAAGAGUGAGGAGAAAGGCCUUUAUGUGAAGAACAUUGAUUUGCGAAGUGAAGUGAAUGAACUCUUCAUCUCCGUGUUUGACAGCCGCGAUGAGAUACCUGGUCUUGAGAAAGCGAUACGGAAGACUAAAAUAGUCCGCAAGAAUGGGAGUGUCUUUCAAAGGAGUGUUUUCGACUUAAGUGAAGAUACCGACACGACCACGGAAAUAGUCUUAAGCGAAGGAAAAGAGAAUUGUGUGCGUGUGAAGCCGAGUCCAUUGUUUUGUUUGGGGUCUCGGUUUUCGAUUGUUGAGAAUGACAAGGAAGACUUCAUCCAAAAGUACGUCUUCAAAGUCGAGAACAUCGAAGCACUUUUCGAGACGAAAGUUGGGAGCGAAAAGGGCGUACAGCUCGAGUUGGUGUCUUCUGUCCUCACACAGACGGUAACAACUACUUCUCCACCUUCAAAGAACAAAAAGGCGUGUUUCCUUAACAUUCUGCUUUCACUGUUUUGUGGAGACAUCGAUGUCAAGAAGAAGUGGAUAACUGCACUUUUCUUUGAAAAGGAUGUCGAGGUCGGCAGAGCAAUUGUCCCUCUCAAUUAUUUACUUCAAAAAACACAGGAAGGAAAAUGCCCAAUUUAUAGUGAAAAGCAGAAAAUCGGAGAUUUCCUUUUUGCUGUACAACGCACUUGA